GUAGUGCGUUUUGAUGUGUUUCAAUUCACUAAGAACUGUAGUCUAGUAGUAAAUCUCUGUUUUCAGAGCAGUGGGUGUUUCAUGUUUCUUGAUAAUGUAAAAAUAAAAUUUCUACUACCAAAAAAAAAAAAAAAAAAAUACAAGUACAACCAAAUGUUGGUGUAACCCAAGUAUUUCAUGUUUUUUUUUAGUUAAAGACCCAAGUAUUUCAUGUUAUUCCACUGCAACCAACCACAAUCAGAGUGAACACCACUGGAAGAGUGGUCCCCACCCUCACUUGUGAGCUAAAGCUACUACUAUUAAUAAUUGGAAAUGAAAUCCUAGAUGCUGAAAGAUGUCCGAAGUAUAAAAUAGCCAACCAGUUUCAGGUGACUUUGUUUUACUUUGUAUAUAUAUACAGGGACAUAUAAGUGUGUGACUGUGUGUGUAUGUAUAGAGAGAGAGAGAGAGGAGCUGAAAGAUGAUUAAAAGAAGUGUUAUUGCCUCUUCCAAGGGUAGAUAUGGUAGCGCUCUCUCUCUUCAGAAAGGUAUCCGUAAGUCUGCAACUUCUCUUAAGCAUUGUGUUAAUUUCUUCAUUGAUUAUCCAUUUGCAAGUGACAAUUUAAGGGCUUCGUUUCAUUCCCUAACUGCUAAAGAUCAAAAGCCUCACUGUCCGAGUACUCAAACCCAGUCUGUCAGAAAUCAAUGCAGGUUUGAGUUCACCAACCUUAAUGAUGCACUGGCACUGUUUGAUAAAAUGUCCCAAAUGCGACCUCUUCCUUCAAUUGUGCAUUUUACUAAAUUGUUAGGGGCCAUUGUGAGAAUGAAACAUUACACCACUGCAAUUUCUUUGCUUAACCAAAUGGAAUCCUCUGGAAUGGUAGAGCCAGACGCUUAUACUCUGGGCAUCUUGAUGAAUUGCUACUGCCAUUUGAAUCGGGUCGAUUUGGGUUUCUCUGUUCUGGGGAGAACUUUGAAGCUUGGUUAUGAAGUGAAUUGUACACAGCUCAACACUUUGAUGAGGGGACUCUGCAGCGUGGAUAAAAUAGGUCAGGCAGUAGAGUUGUUUAUUGACAUGGGGGCAAAAGGAUUUCGACCUGAUACAGUUACUUGUGGAACGAUUAUAAAUGGGUUGUGCAAAACGGGGAACACCACUGCGGCUAUUGAGUUGGUUAAGAAGAUGGAAGAGAGAAAUUGGGUAGCUGAUGUUUUUGACCAUAGCAUCAUCAUUGACAGUCUUUGUAAGGACGGACUGGUAGAUGAGGCUUUUGACUUCUUUUCAGAAAUGAUCCGUAAAGGCAUUUCGCCGAAUGUAGUCACUUACACCUCCUUAAUACAUGGCCUAUGCAAUUCAAACCAGUGGAAAGAGGCUACAAGAUUGUUGAAUGAAAUGGUGAACCGAAAUAUCAAACCGAAUGUAAGAACCUUCAAUAUAUUGGUGGAUGCACUUUGCAAGGAAGGUAUGGUUGCAGAAGCAGUAGAAAUAGUUGAAGUGAUGAUUCAAAAAGGCGAGCAGCCUGAUAGAGUCACUUACAAUGCACUGAUGGACGGAUAUUGUUUGCAAAGCAAAUUUGAUGAGGCAAAGAAGAUACUUGAUUUGAUGAUUGGUAGGGGUUGUGCACCUGAUGUUCAGAGCUAUAACAUCCUGAUUAAUGGAUAUUGUAAAAAGCAAAGAAUGGAUGAUGCUCUAAGACUUUUUCACAAAAUUUCUCAGAUAGGAUUGGUUCCUGAUACUGUUACUUACACCACUCUUAUUGGUGGUUUCUGCCAUGCGAGAAAACCUCUAGCUGCGCAACAAUUUCUGAAUGAGAUGCGAGCCCGUGGCCAACAUCCUGAUCUUGUGACCUACUCUACUUUGUUAGAUGGACUGUGUAAGAACCAAUGUCUGGCAGAGGCAAUGGCCUUGUUUCGAGACAUGGAAGAGAGUGGAUUGCAUCUUAAUAUUGUGGUUUAUAGCAUCCUCAUUGAUGGUAUGUGCAAAGCUGGAAACAUUAAAGCUGCAAGGGAACUCUUUUGUAGUCUUUCUUCCAAAAGGUUGCGACCUGUUGUUCGCACAUACAACAUUAUGAUCAAUGGGUUCUGCAAGAAAGGUUUGUUAAGCGAAGCAAACAUGUUGCUCAAGAAAAUGGAAGAGAGUGGUUGCUCACCGGAUGCUUUAACUUACAAUAUAAUUGUCCAGGGAUUUCUUCGAAACAAUGAGAUGCUAAGGGCAAUGCAACUUAUUCAAGAAAUGGUUGAGAAGGGAUUCUCUACUAAUGCAAGUACUAUGACCCUGUUGUUGAAUUUAUCAAAUAAUAGUGGAUUGGAUGAGUCAGUUUUGGAGAUGCUCAAUAAGUUUCUGUGAUCUCUAUUGGGUUCUCUGAUGUUAGGUAGAAGUUUUAUAUUUUGUUGGCCUUGCAGUAUGUUGUAUGUAUGGCCUAUUGAUGCUUGCAUCAGUGUCGUUUUCAUGUUUUUGGGGUGAGAAUUGUUAUUCUAUGAGAAGUACGAAGAAAGAAAGCAAAGUUGCUGCUUAAGCAUAGAGGAAUGCUUUGGGUAGUGAAUUUGUGGGAGAGUUAGUUCCUCCUUUGGUAUGCCAGAAUAGUUGAAUAUUUAUAGGGUCAUGUCAUGCAACUGUCAACUGAGAUUGGGGUGACUUCCUAGACUUUUAGAAAGGAAUUGUUCUAUAGUCAGUGUUUUGGGUAAAACCUGGCAAAUCAAAAUGUUGACUACAUCUAUUGGUCAUGGUUUACAAAACAUCCAGAAUGUAGCAAGUGACUUCAUUUUAGGUUUCAUAAAGCAAGUCCA